AUGGCCCCACGCAAGCGUCAGAGCGAGGGCGAGCACGAAGGCAACGCACCAGCCAAGCGCCCCCGCCAGAGAAAAGGCGGCGUCGACUUCGACACUGCCGCGACCCAAGACAACUCACCCUUACUUCAACUCCCGGCGGAACUGCGAAACCGGAUUUUCGAAAUGGUUUUCGAAGACAUGACCAUCACUUGGCCCAGAAUCAACACGACCAAAGGCGCAGUGAACAAGCCGCAAGGUCCAGCUCUCUUGUUCACCUGCAAGCAAGUGAGCGCAGAAGCCUUGAAGAUAUUCUACGCCAAUGCUACAUUCGCAUUUGGAGCGCCCAAGAGAUUGCCGUCAUGGCAAAAGAAGAUUCCACAAGGCCUCCAACGCCUUGUGCUGUUCAAGGUUGUGUUCGUCAUGACUGGAAAUAGCGACAAGGAAUUUCAAGACGCCAAGGACCUUGGGAUGGACUCGGAAUUUCUCGACAUGACCGUGCUCCACUGGAAGAUGGGCAGUGCUGAAAUCCCCUGUUACGUCUAUCGCCUGGAGUACGGUGAUCACAAGCAGCAACAACGGUGGACACCUGUCUGGCCCGAGGUGGUACUACACAGCUAUAUCGUGGGUGAUGGUGCGACCCUUCGAUCCAACAAGAAGAUCCUCGAGGAAGCCAACAAGAAGACGCCGUACGAGCCAAAGACAGACCGACUCCGCAGGGUCGACUGGAAUCGGCCUCCGCACAGCAUCUUUCAACUAUGGAGCUUGUAUCCCAAUGGUCGCAAGAUCUCUCCCUUGUUGAACAGUCUCGAGAUGCGCACUGGUCCUGUCAUUUGA